CUCCUGCUGUGUGCCAUUCCCUCUCUCUCACUCUGCACUUACCCAAAGUGGCCAGAUCUCUCCUCUCUUUUCUCUUGUCCUCUCUACAUCCCUCCACCACCCCUUUCUUUUUCUUCCUAAGCCUGCUCAUGUUCACCUCCACAAGUUGAAAGGAUCUCAGCCCACUCCUUUCCCAAACUUCCUCCAAAGACUUUAUUUCGAUUCUUGACUUUUUUUUUUUUUUUUGGUCCCUUACAUUUUACUGCCGGAGACGCCGGUUAGUGUGUCUGGUGUGUGCUGGGUCUCCGGUGUUGUGCCCCUGGGGACGUCUCUGUAGUUUUGACUGGAGAGAAGACCAGAGAAGAGUUUUUGACACAAUGAAAGUUCAGCUGCUGCUCCUGUUGGCCCUUGUUGGCCUUUUGUGCGCCUUCACAAGUGCAAGCCCCACAACAGGCCCCACAACAGGCCCCACAACAGGCCCCGCAACAGUCCCCGCAACAGGCCCCACAACAGGCCCCACAACAGGCCCCACAACAGGCCCUACAGUCUCUACAGAACUUGACUCUGUGGAAAAUACACCAACAGAAACCACAACUGUUGAAAUGACUGUAGAUUCAUUUAAUACCCCUGUCACCUGGAUUUCUUCAAUCGAAGCAACAACGGUCCCUGCACAAAGUACAACAAAAGUUUUCACCGAGUCUCCUGCAGUCUCUACCACACCGGCUCUCACUGAGACAGAAGCACCCAGUACUGCCAAUACAGAGGGCCCCGCUGAUACAGAGACCCAUGGGACGAAGACUCCUGCUGAGACGGAGGACCCCGGGACAGAGGCCCCUGGUGAGACAGAGGAACCCACGGAGACAGAGGAACCCACAGAGACAGAGGAACCCACAGAGACAGAGGACCCCUCUGAGACAGAGGACCCCGGGACAGAGACUCGUGCUGAGACCAGUGGCGAUAUCAUUGACAGUGGCACAGAAGAUGGCCUGAGCUCUGGACAGAUUGUCAGCAUUGUAGUUGGUGCCCUGCUGGCAGUGGCCGUCACCACUGCGGUGGUGAUUGUUGUGGUGAGGAGGAUGGGCAAAUACUCACCCUGAGGAAAACACCAACAAAGCCGCAGGACCGUGCAAAGUUCUGGAAAUUCUGAACUACUGAACUGUGACGUUAUUUCUGAUUAUUAAAAACAAGCACGAUGCCAAAACUGAGCAAACCGAACCAUCACUCUGGACUGUAACCAAACAAAAAAACGAGGGGCACAGGGUGGGGGUGUAUGUUUUUAAUGUAUAUAUUGCAUGUAUGUGAGACAAGAGGGGUACAUGAGCCAAUAUCCUCACCUCCCCUGCAACCUUCCUGAUCCCAAGGAGCUGUUGAAGAGUAUAAAACAAGGUGACAGCAGGAUGUCAGGAAGAAUUUCAGGCAUUUUCAGAAAAAGACAGGGGUGGAGUGGGGGGGGUUCUCAAUAUUAGUGAUUUAGUGACUGACUUAGAUGAAUUCCAAAGCUGGAAAAAAAGGACAUAAAAAAAAAACAAACAAAAAAAACAACAUAAGUAGGCUGGGAUUAGGAAAGAAAACAAAUGCUGUUACAAUUUUUGCUGGGUGUAUAUACAAUGCUAUACAAGGACUACACAGCAUUCAGUUACUCACUUCCUCAUAUGCUGCAGUUGCAUAGACUAGGCUAUUGAUAUUAUGGAAUAUGUAGCACAUUAUGUACAGGCAGCCUUAAGCUACUGUUGUGGCUAAAACACCCGUGAGCGCUGGUGCAGAACAUGCAGUCAUGUAGCCAGAGUCCCUGAUAUGCUGGCCAGCUGUAUAUGAAGCACCGUGCGCAGAAGUUCUUCUGGCACUCGUGAGCUCUGAGGGUCAGUAAACAUGAAAAGACACCCCUCGUUCUGCCCAGUUUAACACUUACAUAUAAAAACCUGAUACACAUCUGUGAAAUUUAGCAGAAGGGUUUGUGCCACUGUCUCUGGUGUUCUCUAGCUAGCUAAGAGGAUUUUUGAAGUGCAUUAAAAAUGUGAGUUGAAUGUACUUUUAAACUGACACCCAUUCCAAAACAAACAACUUGGCUUGUUGGCUUACAAAGGCUUACACUUUGCACGUAGUUAUCAGACAUGGCGAUGACAUUGACUUGACGAUGUGUUUCUGUUAAGACCAGAACAGCCAUCCAGCCCUUUACAGUGAGCUUAACCCUAGAGUGCUUGCAUAGGAUGACGUUUUAUAAUUGCACUUAGUUUUAGUGCACAGUGUUUGGCAGUUAUGCCCUUUUUGUUAUCUUUUUUGCAAUUGUAAGAGUGUGUUAAAUGGGUGUUAAAAAAAAAAGAAGUCUCAGCUUACCCCUGCUUGCUUUACAAACUUAAAUUUAAUAUGUGCACUGAAUGAGUGGUGUAAUAUUUAAUGAACAAGCUUCAGACACUGCAAAUGUUUGCAACGACGUGUGUGCCCACCCCCUUCUCCUUUGCUUUGCCGCAUAUUAUCACUUCUGAGUCUUUAAUUUGUGCUGUCCGAUUCGUUCACAACAUUUAUUUAAUUGCAGUGCUUUUGUCCAUACUGUUUCAAUAAAACAAAAACAAAACA